AAAAGCCUGACUGAUUAAACUGUACUGCUCAAGGUUAGAUUCCGAACUAUCUUCUUCGCUGCUCAUACUUAUCCCCGCGCUCCCUCGUGUUUUUUCUAUUAGACUUCCUUUGUUUCUUUGUUUCUUCCCCAAAUUUCGCUUCCUUCUGAGGCCUUGACCUUUUCCCGGUCUACUCCAACGGUAAUUCAUACCUCUGUCGAACUGCUUGGCAUUUGGUCUCAUACUCCCCUCUCUCCCCGCUGCCCAGACCAGUUGCGCUAUUCGCGCACAUGUACAGUUGCUUGCCACGCAAGGACCCUCGAUGGUGGCCAUAGAAGAGGAUCGUAUGAAUUUUAAGAUUUCAAUGCAUUCAGUGGAGGAAACAAUGUCAGCCAUCUCUAGUCCAGAAGGACCAGCAACCACGUCCCAGAUAGCGGACAAUGGCGUGGGACCGCAGUCUGGGGAUUUUAGGUGCGGUAUUUGCAACAAGACUUACAGUCGACGCGACCUCCGCGACCGACACCGACGACGGUGCAUCAAGACAGCCGGCCAAGAACGUUUAUCGAAACGCAAAUCCUGCGAAACAUGCGCGCAGAAGAAGUUACGUUGCUCCAUGACUCGACCCGCGUGCGCUCGUUGCGUCCAAAUGGGGACAGCAUGCCACUAUCCCCCGACAUCCUUGCCUCCUCGGAUCGCUGAUCCUCAAGACACUCCUCCUACGUCAUCCGCCUCGGUCGCUUCAUCUAGAUCUGGUCAAUCGACACAUUCCCAUAAUACCAUGGGCCGGAAUGUGGUUACGGAUACUUCCUCAGCCAUGGCGUUGGACGACGUACCCCCUUCGGGCACAAAUGGCACUCAUCCGCUGCCCGCGACCAGCCAACAAUGCAAUACCACACCCACCCACUUCGACCCAAUGUCCGCAACAGGGUGGAAUCCAUUCGGAACCACGAAUAUGGACUCUAUGGUGCGAGCGUUGGACGGGUCUCUGUUUAGCCCCGGAGGCUCCCUGCCUUGGGGUGACGACUUCACACCGCUGACUGAUCCCAUGUCUGUCGGAAAUACCUUCGCCGCCGCCAUGGAUGAAUCAAGCAACGCAGGAUCAUCGUACUUCUUGCCCCUCCAUGAAAUCUCCAAGCCAGUGGGACCGUUAGAGGCUCCCCAGCCAGGAGCAUUGACAGCGAAUACCUACCACUCCAACUCUCCUUACAAUGUUCCAUCACUAUCAUCCUCUUCCUCAGACAGCCACUAUCGGGAUGGGUCCUCUCGUGGGGAGGAGAACGAUCCUACACAGGGACUUCUCCGCGGUGACCAUUCUCCGCGGUUGACCCUUGGCUACCAUUUUGUCCCAAAGGUCGGUCCCUUUGCGAUGCGAGAAUACGAUGAAACCUACCGAGACUUGUUCUCUGUGUUCCGCGAAUAUCCGGGUAUGAUCCUCGAGCGAGAGUUCUGGUCGCCCUUUGUGCAUCAUCGUCUAUACCGUUGCUCGAUGGGUGGCAUGGCCGAACCCAUGGGGAUCGCCUUGGCCUGUGUAUCGGCACAUGCGAGCUCAGUUGAGUCGAGCUAUGGAUUUGUAGAUCGCAUGAUUAACGAAGAACGAGACAAGCUGGUUCGCAACUUCCACAAACAUGUCGACACCCCUGAAACAUGUCUGGCUGCAGUCCACGCCGUCUGCCUGUACCAGAUUCUAGGCCUCUUUGGAGAUAAUUUCCUACCCGCAGCCAUUGUCCGGCCUCAAAUCCCAAAGGAGAUCAACGACAAGCGCCGCGAGGAAAAUGAGCGAGCAGCUGAAUUGCACAGUUCCUUUUUACUCAAGAUGGCUCGUCGGCUGUAUAAGAUGCAUCAGGAAAAGCUCUUGACCCACCAUCAGGACGAGAAUGAUUGGAACCGGUGGAAAUAUGCUGAAUCUCUCCGUCGGAACUUCUUUUUUGUAAACAUGAUAAAUAUUCUCGGGGCAAAAGCCCGUUUACUCAACGAACAUUACUUUGAACCCCUCGGCGAUGACAUCGUUCUCCAGCUCCCUCUCCCAGCUACAGAGCAUAUGUGGCGCUGUUGCGACGAAGAGGAGUGGGCGAUGGCCCGUGAGCACGCGACGCGGCGGCAAGCCAACAGCCCUCCUGCACCCCGAACAUUGCACGAGUUGUUAGAGCAAGACAAGGCAGGGACCUUGGAUGCUGCUACGUUGCUGCCCAUUACUCGACUGAUUUUCGCAUGUGCUAAGGUCGCCCCGAAGAGCGAUUCACUUGGUGAUUUAUGAUUUACGGCCACAAUCUACUAGUUUUUCUUUUGUUCUCUCGAAUUUUGCACCAUGGAUAUAUACGAUUUCAUCUGUGCACAGAUCGAUGAUGAUUGGAGGAGCGGGUUGUUGAUACGCAAUUUCCAUAAUGAGAGAUUAUACAUCUGCUACCAUAGUAUUAGCUAGAUUUGAAACAAUACGUACUAUGAUU